GACAGAGUCAAAGGAAAAGCUGCCAUGGCAACACCAGAGCUUGAGGCUUGAAGAAGGAGAUGAGCUAAAGAGGUAUGGUUUUUCUUAUGGAAAGUAUUCAGUUAUUUCAUGAUGGCAUUUGCACCUCCAAAAAGCAUAGAUGGCCCCAAAAUGCAGACAAAGAUGAGUACCUGGACACCCCUAAACCAUCAGCUUUUGAAUGACCGGGUAUUUGAAGAAAGAAGAGCUCUGCUUGGAAAAUGGUUUGACAAAUGGACAGACUCUCAACGGAGAAGAAUCUUGACAGGCCUGUUAGAACGUUGCUCCCUGGCACAGCAAAAGUUCUGCUGUCGAAAGCUUCAGGAAAAAAUUCCAGCAGAAGCUCUGGAUUUUACUACCAAGCUUCCAAGGGUGUUAUCUUUAUACAUCUUUUCUUUCCUGGACCCCCGAAGCCUUUGUCGUUGUGCACAGGUGAGCUGGCACUGGAAGAACUUAACUGAGCUGGAUCAGCUCUGGAUGCUCAAAUGUUUACGAUUUAACUGGUACAUCAAUUUCUCUCCAACUCCCUUUGAGCAGGGUAUAUGGAAGAAGCACUACAUUCAAAUGGUAAAAGAACUUCAUGUUACCAAGCCUAAGACACCUCCAAAAGACAGGUUUGCGGUUGCUGACAUUCAACCAGUUACAAGCAGUUCUCCAGAGGAAAAGCAGUUUCCAGCAUCUGCUUUCCGGUCCUCUUCCUCUUUGAGAAAGAAGACUCAGGGGGAGAAAGAACUCCCACCCUGGCGAUCCUCUGACAAACAUCCAACUGAUAUCAUUCGCUUCAAUUACCUGGACAACUGUGAUCCCAUUGUGCAAAUCUGGCAAGGAAGGAGGAAAAGACAUGAAAUGAACCCAGAUUUCAGCCAACAGUCACAUGAUAAGAAAAAUAAAUUGCAGGAUAGAUCUAAACUAAGGAAAGCACAGUCACUGAUAUCCCUGAGUGCAGAACCCAGCCCCGCUCUACAAGUUCCUGCUCAUCUCGCCUGGUCUCCUCAUGGGUGGGCAGGGCUCCCAGCCACCGAAGCAGCAACGAAAAUCCUCACACAGCAUCUCCAGAGGCACUCUGGGCUUCAGGCAAUACCCAUCCAGGCUCCAGAUCCGGAGUCAGUUUAAACCUGUGAAAGGAUUUCGAUAGAAAUGACAAGAUGCUCUACACAUUGGAGAGUUGGAUAUUACUUGGCUCAUCUAUUAGAAACUUUCUGCUUAGGUACCUUCUUGGGAUAGCGAAUUCUACAGUAUUUCAGUGAAAGGUAUUCAUGGCAUAAGUGCUGACAUAUUUACAAACUUAGAUACAAAUGUGAUGAUAGAUACCAUGUGGUUGAUAAAGGGACACAGGUUAGCAGGGAUGGCCUGCUUUUGAAGAGGCAAAAGGGAAAGGGCCUGUUGUUCUAGAACCCAGGAAGAGCUGUAGCCACAGGAGAGGGGCCAUCCAACAGGAUGUAUUCUGUGUGGUGCAGGAACACAGCCACUUCAGAAACCAAGGCCUAGUGGGGAAGGAAGAGGGAGAAGACCCAACCCCUCGACACUGACAGUGCUUGGCUUUGGUCAAACCUAUCUGGAAGUCAGAGAACAAAGAAGCCUGGGGAGAAAUGUGGCCAGGAGUGGGUCGGAGGGGUGUUUCCUAAGAAGGAAUUACAUUUCCCAAGAAGGAAUUAUAACUGAUAGUCAAGCAACAUAAGUGGGCUCAAAAGAGUAAUUUGGAAAACAGAAAAUGUUACUUAGCUGCAAAAGUAUUAGUCAUACAUUCUAAACUAAACCACCUACUCAUGUACCAUUUCAAGGUCCAGAAGUUACCAUUCUAAGAUACUAAUUUACCUAAGUAAAGCAGAAUGAUAGAAAAAAUAAAUGUUUGUCAAUUGUGCAAUGCUGAACAUGUUAUGUUAUUAUAUUGCAUACCAUAACAUGUACUAAUAUACACAUAUUUGAAUGUUUAAAAUAUUCAAAUUCCAUGGUCUGGAAGCAUGGCCCAGGAUACAGUGGUUUGGAUGCCCAAAUGAUUGGUGUAGGACAAAACAUGCCAGCUUACAUUUGAUUAAUUUGCACCACCCAAGGUGACACUAAUACAGGACUUUGAGGCAGAGAAGAAGGAAAACACACCCAGGAUGAGACCUUGUGUUCUUCCCAUGGGCAAAGCAGCUGGCUAUCAGUUAAGAUUCCUUCUUCCUGAAGACUGAGCCCUCAUGGUCGGCCCCCAGGAGUCAGGUGCAGCUGUGUAGCUGGGAUAGCCUACAGCUUCUGCCCUGCUUUGCCCCACUGGCCCCCCUGGGUUAUGUCCAGGAUCCAGUCACAUUGUGGGCAAUAUUUGAAUGGACCAGUCUGGAGUAUGUCCCCAGUAUCUUCUGAAAUAAACCAGAAUCCUCUGGGGCAAGGACCUAUCAAGAGAAAGAAGGGCUGUCUAGUACAAGUGGUUUUAUCUUAAGCUGUAUUUGAGUUACCUAUUCCUAUAAAACAAGCCACACCCAAACUUACAACAAGAGCCUGUUAUUCCCCUCAUAAAUAUGCAGUUUGGGAGGGUUCUGGGGAAGAACUUGUCUCUGAUCCACACAACACCCUCUAGAUAUUCCCAACAGAGGGAUGGAAGAGCCAAUUCCAAGAUGGUGUAGGGGCACGGUUGGGAAGUGCAUGCUAGCCUUCCACUGGGCACUCAGCCAGGGCUGAGGGCAGGAGCCACUGUUGUUCUUCAUUUGGGCUGGGAUUACCUAGCAUGGGGGUUGGGUUCUAAGGAUGAGCAUCCCAAGAGAGAGACAGGUGGACUCUGAAUCACCUCUUUUGUCUUAGCCUUGGAAGUAUCUUGGUGUCACUCCAUUGUUCCCUGGAGACCACAGAGGUUUGUCCAGUUUCAAGCAGAGCGGGCAUAGAGUAUGGAGAGUUGCAAGGUUCUGGAAGAACAUGUGGGAUGAGAAAGAGAAUUGUGACCAUUUUGGAAUAGACUGUCUACCUCAGGGUAAUGGUUCCCUGUGUGCCCCUUAAUUAUCAUUGGUCACAGCACAGUUAUAUGAACUAGGUACACCCAUGGAAUUAGUCUGCUUGGGCAGCAUAACAAAAUACCACAGACUAAGUGGCUUAUAUAGCAGACAUUUAUUUUCU